CUGAAAUCAUGGUAUCUGAAACAAACGCCAAAACUGAAAGAAUACCUGGUCAAUGCUUUUUACCGUUAGCACGAGUCAAAAGGAUCAUCAAAGAAGAUCCAGAAGUGACACUUAUUAAUGGGGAAGCUACUCACUGCGUGGCUGCUGCUACUGAACUCUUUAUGGAGUAUCUUGUCAAGGAAGGAUUUUCAAGAGCUCAAAAGAACAAACGAAAAACUAUAUUCUAUAAAGAUCUUGCUACUGCUGUUAGUCAGACAGAUCAAUUUGAAUUCUUAGAAGAUGUCAUACCACAGACGAUGACCUUGGAAGAAGCAUACAAACGACGAAAAGUAUCUGGGAAUACAGAGGAUUCAGAAACAACAAAGAUGAAACCAGUAUCAGAUAAGAAACAAAAGGGAAUAGAAAAAUCUAUGGAAUCAAAACAACCACAAGAAGAAGACCAAGAAGAAAAUGAAGACGAGGAGGACGAAGAGGAUGAAGCAGAAGACGAAGAGGAAGAAGAAGAAGAA